CUGAAAACGACUUCGACUUGGAACGGUUGGUGUCAGCGCGUUGCGCUAUGUAAGCGGCCAAAUCGAGUGCGAGUGAAACGGCAAUAGCAAAGUAGUGUUCAGUGUGUGGGAGUGCGAACGGGCAGUAAAUGUAACACGGAAUAACGGUGCAUACGAAUGCCAAAAGCGCCGAGUGCAACUAAAGCGCAUAUUAAAUUCCAUAAUAUUUCAAUUAUCAAUUUCUGAUUGUUGUCAAGUGCUGCAGCAGCAGCCAAAGCUAACAAAUACAAAGUGAAGUGCAAAAACAAAAACCGGUUCGCCUCUGCAGCAGUAACAACAACAACAAACCAAAAGCAAAGGCAGAGCUAAAGCAAAGGAAGGCAAAGGCAGCGAAAGAAUUUUUGUUGCUCUCUGUGCCCGUGUGCGUGUGUGUCCGCUUUGUGCUUGUGUGCGAGAGUCUUGUGGUCCGGCAGCAGCAUCUCUCUCUCUGCCCAAAAGAAAAGGCAGCAGGAAAAGGCAGUUGAUAUUUGUUGUUGCCACUCUGCCGGCGCACUGCUGCUAACCGUUUGUGAUUUGUUUUUGGGCCCAGGCGAAGAAUUCAUAUAGCCAAUGCGCAAACCUGUUCCCCUUGCAGCAACAACAACAGUAGCAGACAACUUCAAAUGACGACAACAACAAAAACGACACCAACAAAACAAAACAAGCAAAAAAAAGUGGCACAAGUGAAAAUUCCUGCGUUGUGAGUGUGUGCGUUUUUUUUUUUUGACAGUCUUCACCAAAAGUGAAAAUCAAUUUGCUGAGUGUGCGCGGGCUAACCAUAAGAGAGCGACCGAGCCUGAGAGCGCGAAAGAAUACUAAGAGAGCGAGAAAGAAUACUACGCAGCGUCGUCCUUUUGGGACACAAAUACUAACCCACCCAGGCGAGAACGAGAACGAAAACUUAACGAAAAAUCUACCGACUGCCGAUAACAACAAUAGUAACAACAACAACUACAACAAAUAGCAAAAAGUAAACAAAUUGCCGCCCCACAAAACCAGCAAAAACAACAACUAAACAAAAGCAGUUACUCGAUGAUGUGCAGUUUGAACACCACUGCCUUGGAUCUGGCCUAAAGGCGAGAGCAUGAUGCACAUUCCACUUGAUAAGCUGCCCAUUCAAGGAAAAGAACUCAAAGAAAUGUCCAAACUAAAGGCAACCGCCAGUUCAAUCAAAGAAAUGCGAAAUUAACAAAAACAUUACUUCAAUUCAAACGAAAUACCACAUCAAACUUUAUAAAGUGAAAUACAAGAAAGAAAAAGUUACGCUUAAAAGCCAAGAGCAUAGAACUUGGCUUAAACUUAAUUUAGGUAAAUAAUUAGUUUGUCGUUGUGACACUGUUACGAGAAAAGCCGCCAAAAUUACGACGUAUCACCCACCCACGCCCAAAGUCAAACAGAACCCGGCCAAUAUGGACAACACGUCCGGGCCGGGUGCGUUUGACGAUGAGCCGCCGCCAGAGCCCCGAGAUGGCUGGCUACUGGUGCGUAUCCAUGUGCCGGAGCUGAAUGUUUACAAGUGUCUGCAGUUUCCAUCGGAGCGUCUGGUCUGGGAUGUCAAACAGCAGGUGCUCGCCUCACUGCCAAAGGAGCUAAAGGAGAGCUUCAACUAUGGCCUCUUUGCACCCCCCUCAAACGGCAAGGCGGGCAAAUUUCUGGACGAGGAGCGACGAUUGGGCGACUAUCCAUUCAAUGGACCCGUUGGCUACCUGGAGCUCAAGUACAAGAGACGUGUUUAUAAGAUGUUAACUCUGGACGAGCGUCAGUUGAAGGCGUUGCAUACACGCGCCAAUUUGCGGCGCUUCCUCGAGUGCAUCAAUGGUGGACACGUGGAGAAGAUUGCCAAAAUGUGUGCCAAGGGUUUGGAUCCCAAUUUCCAUUGUUCGGAGAGCGGGGAGACACCGUUGUCGGUGGCCACUGGCGCCAAGAAGCCCAACAAGCUGCUCAUUGCCCUGGUCAAUGGCGGUGCUCUGUUGGAUUACCGCACCAAGGAUGGAACCACGGCCCUCCAUCGAGCCGUCGAGCAUGAUUCCCUGGAGGCAGUCAGCACGCUGCUGGAGCUGGGCGCCUCGCCCAAUUAUCGCGAUGGGCGUGGCAUAACGCCCCUCUAUAUAUCGAUAACACGCAAAUGCGAAGCUAAAAUCACAGAGAGUCUGUUGCACGAUCAUGCCACAUUGGGGAUACAGGACAGCCAGGGUUGGAACGAGGUGCAUCAGGCCUGUCGACAUGGCCUGGUACAGCACUUGGAACACUUGUUGUUCUACGGUGCUGACAUGGAUGGACGCAAUGCGUCCGGUAAUAGCCCGUUGCAUGUUUGCGCUGUUAACAACCAAGAGGCUUGUGCUAGAAUGCUUCUCUUUCGCGGCGCACAACGCGGUGCCCAGAACUUUGCCAACCAAACUCCCUAUCAGGUUGCUGUCAUCGCUGGCAAUUUGGAACUAGCCGAAAUCAUUGAAAACUACAAAUCGGAUGAUAUUGUACCCUUCCGGGGACCUCCGCGCUACAACCCGAAGCGUCGCUCGGGCAUUGGCUGGCUGAGCGCCAAUGGGGCCGCUGGGGCUGCGCUGCUUGCUGCGGCUGCCGGUGGACUUGGCGGUGCAGGUGCUGGACAGGGGAUGGGGCAGAUGGCAGGUCCAGGUGGGCAUGGAAAUGGAAAUGGUUUCAAUGUUGGUUUGAUGGGUACACUAUCCCGCCAACAGUUGCAGCAACUGCAACCGCCGCACCACCAACAGCAUCAGCAUCAGCUCGCCCAGCAUAUGCACCACCAGCACCAGCAGCCGCAUCUGCUGCAGCUGCACGGCCCGCCCUCGCCAUGCCCCUCGGAGCACAUGUUGGGCGCCUACAGCUCAGCCAGCUCGAGCCUCUCUGAAGGCUCCUCGGGACAUCGUUCACACGAGGAUGACAUCAGCAUUGUGACAGAUAAAUCAUUGGGCGACACUAGCGAUAUCAUUAGCGACUCCUCGGGCGUGGGCACGAACUCGGACUCGGCUGCCUGCUCGAUUGGUCAUCCCAGCACCACAGUGGUGUGCAUGGAGCCGUAUGCCGGCAACACAGUUGGCCACAUUCGCCUCCAGCCGGGCGAUGUCAUCGAAGUUGUGGGCAGCACCGACUGUGGUCUCCUCGAGGGCUAUGUCCGAGGCACCAAUCAGUCGGGAUUCUUUCCCGCCGACUGCGUGCAGGAGGUGAAUCUUCGGCAGAAGCACAUCACGAAUGUGAUGACCGCCAGCACGGGAAUGCCACCACAGCAGUCUGCACCACUGCAACAGCAGCAGCAACAAUCCUCCUACCAGGGCUCUCCUCAGCUCAGUCUCGGCGGACACUCGGGCAGCUCCAGCACGCUCCUCCAGCAGCCCCACCAGUCCCCCUCCCUUUCCAUGACCAGCAACGGCUCCUGCCAACAACUACAACAACAACAACAGCAGCAGCAGCAACAACAACAACAACAGUUGGAGGGCAACGGAAUGGGAAAUGGCAUCCCUAGCAACUCCAUUGGACAGUACAGUAGCGCCACAGCUCCUCGCAUCAAGAAGGGUGCCUACAAUGCGCCCCGCUCGGUGGUGCUGCAUCGGGCCAAGCGUGGAUUCGGCUUCAUUCUACGGGGCGCCAAGGCCAGCUCCCAGUUGAUGCAGCUGCGUCCGUCGGAACGCUUUCCGGCACUGCAAUACUUGGACGACGUGGAUCCCGGAGGCGUUGCCGACAUGGCCGGACUGCGUCCGGGCGACUUUCUGCUCACAAUCAAUGGCGAGGACGUGAGUGCCGCCUCCCAUGAGCAGGUGGUGGAGAUGAUACGCUCGGCAGGCGCUCUGGUCAACAUGACGGUCGUCUCGCCGCAGUUUCCGCUGCAAAUGCAGGCGACCGCCCAGUACCUGCCCAGUGGGGCGAGGGCGGGCAGUCAGCAUCUGUCGAGUGGUCCGAGCACGCCACAGAGUGCACAUCGGCAGUGUGCCACGUUGCCGCGCAAGAUGUCCAUGGGACCGGGCAGUCACAACAGUGGCAACCACGCAGCCGGUGGGGCAGGUGGCAGUGUGAGGAUGGCGCCAAUGCCACCACGGCGGGACCCGAAGACAACGCUGAGUGUGGGCCGAGCCAGGGCCAAGUCAAUGGUGGCAGGCCUGGAGAACGGUGGCGAGAAGGAGCAGGAUGAGGUAACGCAUGCCAAGUCCAAUUCGGUCGAGUCCAUUGCCACGCCCACGCCCACACAUCCGGGCACACCGGUGCAACUGCGCACCGCCAGCAUCAAGGCGCGUCCGACGUCGAGUCGCAUCACCGCCGCCGAGCUGGAAGAGCUGUUCCAGCGCCAGCAGGGCGAGGGCAGCGCCACCAGCGCCAGCCGUUAUGCCACCAUGAUGACCAGCUCGCGGUUCCAGUCGGGCACGGACAGUGGUGCAGCCACUCCGCCGGCGGCCAAUGGAUCUCCGCUGCGCACCGGACCCCUGGUCUACGGCAGUGUGGCGGAGAUGAAGCGGAAGACGGCGCGCAGCAAGCAUGGCAGUGGCACCUUGCGUGGCAAGCCGGUGGCAACACCCACUGUUGCUGGUGGUGCAACGAUUGGCAGUGGUCGCGACCUCAAGCGCUUCCACUCCACGCCAGACUUACACGGUCCGCAGCUGCACGGAUCGGCCUCGUCCAUCUGGCAGGCAGCCGGAAAGGGGCAUCACUCGCAGGACGACGUGGCCACGUUGCAUGCCUCGCUGCAGCGACUCAACACCAGCGGCGACAGGGACAGCGGCAAGGGUACGACUGGAGCGGGUGGUGCAGUACUGCCACCACCCAAUCAUCCACCACCACCGCCGCCAGUGGGGCAAGUGGUUAAGGUGGAGACACGCAGCAGCGUCUCCGAAUACGAGAGCACCAUCAACUUGCAGCAGAAGCUGAAGAAGCGCGCCGAGAACGAUGCCGUCACCUCGGCAGCCAUCGAUGGUGUCCAGAGCAGCUUCAAUCCGGCGGCCAAUGCCAAGAUCUAUGCCUCGCCGCAGGAGCUGCGCAAUGUGAUGGCCUGGAAGCUGAGGCAGGCGCAAGAGAAGCCGCCGCAGGACAACGCACAGCAGCAGCAACAGCAACUACAGUUGCAGCAACAACAACAGCAGCAACAACAACAACAGCAGCAGCAACAACAUGUCAGUCAAUAUGCGGCACCCACACAGCUGCGUCCUCAAGUUGGUGGCAACACUCUGCCCUCUCACUAUGCAGCACCACAGGUGGUGCAACAGCAACAAUCAGCCGCAACUGUAGCAGCUGCAACAGCAACAGCAACACAAUCGCCACCAGCUCCGCCGCCACCGCCAGCAACAGUCGCAACAGCAACACAAUCGAAUGUCAAUGCCAAUGCAACAGCAACAACAACAGCAACAACAACAACUGUUGCUGGUGCAGGCGCAGCACCACCAAUACCCGAGCCCGAUUACAGUUGCAGCGAGUCGGAUGGCGAGGAUGAGAACUCAAUUCUUGUGGCACGCAACACGAAGCUCAAUGAGAAAAUUGCGCUCUUUGAUGUGCCAGAGACAAGUGGCAACAGCCAGGCGAGUGGCAGCAGCUCUGGUUCAGGUUCCGGUUCGGGAUCGGGAGCCUCGAUUUCCCAUUCGUUGUCGGUGGAGGAAAUUCAGCGUAUUCGCAGCAAUCUCAAGACCUCCAAGUCCUCACCCAAUGGAUUUCUCAAGAAGGAAGACGAACAGCAGUCGCCACAACAACAACAACAGCAACAACAACAACAACAACAGCUGCAGCCACAGGUGGCACAUGGCGAGGAUGAGUGCGACAACAGCAGCUCGGGCGUAAGCAGCGAUCAGGAGCUGCUAGCAGCAACUGUUGCUGGUGUCAAACCCACAGAUACCAUCAAAAAGAAGCCGAGUGUGACCAUUGUUGAGGAGCCCAAGACAAUACCCGAUCCGCCAGUGAAGCCGAAGUCCAAAACAACCAUCAACAUUGGCCCCGCAACCAUCAGCAACACAAAGACCAACAACAGCAACCACAGCAGCAACAGCAACAGCAAUGUAGUGGCACAUGCUGCAGCUGCCUACGAGGCAGCCACUAAAGUUACUGGCAAUCUCAACAACAAUGCCAGCAGCAAUCACAACAACAACAGCAGCAGCAACAACACAACAACAUUGACUGUCAAGCAAUUGGUACAGCAGCAACAUGCGCCAGUUAUACAGCAGCAACAGCAACAGCUGAGCAGCAAGCCAGCAACAACAGUUGCGAACAACAAGCUGCCAACGACAGCAACAGUGGCAACAGCAGCAGCAGCAACUCAGGGCAAUAUCAAGUCGAAUCAACCGGUGCUUAGUCCACAAGUGCUAGGACGCAUACCCAAUGUGCACCAUCAUCAGCAACAACUACAGCUGCAACAACAACAGCAACAGCUGCAUCAGCAGCAGUCGAAUCCCAACAUUAAAUUGAUUGCAACACAGCAGCAAAUAUUACAGCAGCAACAGCAACAGCUGGCACACCAGCAACACUUGCAACAGAUACUAAAAGCCAAAGCAGCCGCCGCUGGUGGCGCCAGCACUGCCGCCUUGGUGGCCCAACAGCAGCAACAGUUGCACAAGGGUCACGACUCGGAAAUGGAGCAACGUUCCGAUCUGGACGAUGAUGAUGGCGAACUGAGCCCCUCACCCCCCGCAAAGGCAUUCCAGCGACACAAUUCGCUGACCCGCAAGCAAGCGGCAGCAAUUGCCAUGCAACGCGGUGCAACACGCACCUCGGCGGUGUCGCUGGUGCAACUGCCGCCGCCGCUGGAGGCGGACAGUGAUGGUGAGCCGCCACAGCAUCCGCAGCAACAGCAACAGUUGGCUACGCAUAUUGUGGGCAUGUUGCCGAGCGGUCAAUUGGUGGCAGUGCCAUCUGCGGCUGUUGCUGCUGCUGCUGUGCCUCAGCCAGGCAACAACAACUUGCAGCUCUGCACUGAGAAUCUUGUGUUGGCGCCGCCGCCACAAUUCUGUGAUUGCAAUGAUGCCAAGCACGCGCCUCAGUAUCAUCCACAGCAGCAGCAGCAGCAACAGUUGCAGCAACAACAACAGCAGCAGCAACAACAACAGCAGCAGCAGCAACAACAACAACAACAUAUGCUACUGCAGCAGCAGCAGCGUCACCAGCAGCAACUGCAAUUGCUGCAACAGCAACAACAGCAGCAACAGCAACAACAACAACAGCAGCAUCAGCGGCUGUCUGGUGGCGCUGGCGCUGGCGCAGUCGGCACCUUGGGCCGUGUGCGCAUUGUAGGCGCCAUGCCCAAGGCCAAUCAUCAUAGGCUGCACUAGAGCAGCAACAGUUGCUGCAACAGCUGUAACAGCUGCAACAGCAAUCAAACUAUCGAUAAAUAAUCAUUUGCCAAAUCGUUAAAACGUUAGUUAGUGUUACGUCAAACCAGUCAUUGCCAUUCACAACGAAUAGCUGCACUCGAAAUUCACAAACACACACUCACACUCAAACACACACACACACACACUCGCACGAUGCGCACCGUUGGCAACAGGUUGCCAGCAACAUGUUCUAAUUUCGAAAUAUGUACUGUUAAUUGCUAAAACGAAUCGUUCGAUGUAUAUUAAUAAGAAACAAGAAAAAUUAAACAAUUCUUUCAUAUAAAUCAAUUCAAGUUAAAAACAUUUGUAAGAACGAAGAUAUUACAAAGAAGAUGGAAGGGGAAUAAGUAAAGCGAGAAAUGCUGCAACAUAUUAAUUAGAUAAUUACUGCACGAUUUAUAUUUUUUUUUCUUUAAUUUCAAUCAACAACAAAUAUUAUUAUUAUGUUUUUAAUGUAUGUAAUGCGUGUGAUAUAAAUUUAUGUACGACAGCAAAAGAAAAUGAAAUAUUUUAAAACGCGAAUCCAAACAUGAUUGCAAUACAUAAGAUAUCUUCUAUCUGUAUAGAUUUAAAUAGUCAUUAAUUGAUUGAAGGCAAACUGAGCAAUUUUUAUUAAAAUUUCUUCAGCUUGUUUUCGAGCAGCACAAGUAAAAUGUGUCGCAUUUGUUGCGAAAAUAAUCAAGGAAAAAUUCCAAUUAAAACUUGAAUGCUAAUUUCAUUAUUCUCACAACAAAUGCAGCAAAGUAAGCAAAUGGAAAAAUAUAAUAAGUUUUAAGUAUAGAAUGUUGCAUGACGGGGCUAGUGCAUUUCUUCAGUAUCCAUCCAUAAAUCAUUCAUUUAAAUAAUAUACUAAUGCACAAAAAACAAGCAAACAUUUACAGCUCACCAUUUAAACUUAAAUUAAAACUAAAACUUAGUGUACGUUUUAUAAAAUGAAAGUUGCACGACAACAAAAGAGUUAUAAUAUUAAUAACUAUAACAAUAAUAAAAAUAUUUGAAUAUUUGCGCAUUUAGUCGAAUUUGCAGGCGAGUCAAGUAAACUACUUCUAACUACGAGUAAAAUUAAACAAAUUAAACGCGUUUUUAAAUAUACUAUUUAAUAAUGGAAUUUUCAAAAUGAUCGAAUUGAAGUCGUGAAGUUUUUGCUAGUAAAAUUUACAGAUUUUUACUUUUACCACUGUUUUUUGUAUAAUUGUUUUUUAGAGAGAAACUUUAACUUGCUAAAGAAUUACAACAACUACAAUAUGAAAAACAAUUCAAAAAGGUUCUCACGCACUUGUCGCAAAUGUUACAAUAGGAAACCCAACUGAAAAAAAGCAGAGGGAGAAAAUGAUGAUAGAAAUGCGUAUAGCACGAGUAACAAUUAUUAUAACUAAGGCUGAUUUUAUUGCAAAUUGCAAUUGAUCAUAGAAGUGAUUCAUAACUCAACUAAAGCAAAGCAGGCGAAAUCAUGGCAUUUACAAUUGUUUAACGAGUGUCGCAAAUAAUUAAUGAACUAAUUAAUAAUUAUCGAAAUACUUAUGUAAAACAUUUAGAAUUGGCGGGCCGCACCUUAGCAUUAGCAUCUAAGUGUUGAAAAGUUAUUAAAAAUAGCCCUACAAAUACGUAUAC